UGCAUGCAUUAAGAACUUUCCUCAACUCUUUCAUUACAUAUACACUAUAUAUUCAGACUCUUUAGCUCUAAAUUAUUGAUAUAUUUGAACUUCUCUCUUCCUUGUUAACAUGAAGAUGAGCACUACCUCUCCAUUUUUCUUCCUUUUAAUCAUUGCCAUUUUGUUCUUAUCUCUAACAGCUUUUGGGGCUAAUACUCUUCACCCGGACGAAAAAAAAGCUCUUGAAGAUAUAGCUAUAUCACUUGGUAAGAAGGAUUGGAACUUCAACAUAGAUCCAUGCAGCAACAAACCUAACUGGCUUACAUCUCCCAUAUCCAAAGGAGUAGAAAAUAAUGUCACCUGUGACUGCUCUAUUCCUGGUGACAAAUUCUGCCAUGUUAUUUCAAUAACUUUGAAAGGGCAAAAUCUUCCCGGUACUCUCCCGCCAGGACUGACCAGGUUGCGUUACCUUCAAGUCAUUGACCUCUCUCGCAAUUACUUGAAUGGUACAAUUCCUAAAGAAUGGGGCUCCAUGAUGAAUAUCAGUAAAAUUGCUCUUCUCGGAAACCGAUUAACGGGUUCAAUACCAGCUGAGAUUUCAAACAUAUCUACUCUCCAAACUUUGGAAUUACAUAACAAUCAAUUGUCUGGAAAGCUUCCUCCUGAGCUUGGGCAUCUAACCCAAAUUCAAACACUGCAACUUUCCUCUAACAAUUUUACCGGAGAGCUACCUAUGACAUUCGUCAAGCUCACUGCAUUACAAGAAUUCCGAAUUGAGGACAAUCAAUUCUCUGGAAAGAUACCUGAUUAUAUUCAGAACUGGACAAAUAUUAAUGCGCUAAUGAUUCAAGGAAGUGGAUUAAGUGGGCCUAUUCCUUCUGGAAUUUCACUUUUGAGAAACUUAACUGACUUGAGAAUUUGUGAUUUGGAUGGAUAUGAAGAUGCACCUUUGCCACAACUUAAUAGUAUGACAAAUUUAAAUACUCUGGUUCUAAGGAACUGCAACAUCAGUGGAGAACUGCCUGGUUAUCUUGGGACUAUGACAUUAUUAAAACACUUGGACCUCAGCUUUAACAAGUUAAGUGGAAUAAUUCCAGAUUCCUAUGCUAACAUGAAGAGUUCGAAUUACAUAUUUUUAACUGGAAAUCUUCUCACUGGCCCCGUGCGUCGUUGGAGACAUUAUGUUGACACAGAUCUCUCAUACAAUAAUUUCAGCAUCAGCCAAGUGAGUCAAAGAUGUCAAGAUGACAAUGUGAACUUGUUUUCUACCUCAUGGGCACACAAUGACAUAGAAACAGUUUCGUGUUUGAGAUUUGAAUGUCCCAAACCCUCAUACUCCCUUUAUAUAAAUUGUGGCGGAAAGCAUGCAACAAUCAACAAAACAAGUUAUGACGAAGAUUCGGACUUAUCUAGCCCAGCUAGAUUCCAUGUCAGUUCAAAUGGAAAUUGGGCAUUUAGCACCACUGGUGAAUUCUUAGAUAGUCCUGAGGAAAAUUAUUCCCCUAAAAAUAUAGCUAAACUUACUAUGGUGGAUGCUGAAUUGUACAUGAAUGCACGUGUUUCUCCUAUUUCUUUGACUUAUUAUGGGUUUUGCCUGGCAAAUGGAAACUACACAGUAAAUCUACAUUUUGCUGAAAUAAUGUUCACAGAAGAUCAAACUUAUGGUAGUCUUGGAAGGCGUGUAUUUGAUAUCUACCUUCAGGGGAAGGCCGUGCAAAAGGACUUCAAUAUUGCCAAAGAAGCAGGAGGAGUUGACUCUCCACCUGGAACUGGAAGCAUAUCUGCAGGAGCUGUGGCUGGAAUUGUGGUUGCAGCAACAAUUGUUAUCAUUCUUGUAUUUGGUAUACUUUGGUGGAAAGGAUGUUUUGUAAAGAAAAACUCAUUGGCAAGAGAGCUGAAGAGUUUAGACCUACCAACAGGUUUAUUUACCUUAAGGCAAAUCAAAGCAGCAACAAACAACUUUGAUGAUUCCAAUAAGAUUGGAGCAGGAGGAUUUGGUCCUGUCUACAAGGGAUGUUUAUCCAACGGGACAUUGAUUGCAGUCAAGCAACUUUCUUCUAAAUCAAGGCAGGGGAAUCGUGAGUUUUUAAAUGAGAUAGGCAUGAUUUCUGCCUUGCAACACCCUUAUCUUGUUAAACUAUAUGGUUGUUGUGUGGAGGGAGAUCAGUUGUUGUUGAUAUAUGAAUACUUGGAAAACAAUAGCCUUGCUCGUGCUUUAUUUGGUCCAGAGAAAGAACAAAUAAAAUUAGAUUGGUCUAUACGGCAGAAGAUUUGUGUUGGUAUUGCUAGAGGUUUGACAUACCUACAUGAAGAGUCAAGACUGAAGGUUGUUCACAGGGACAUCAAGGCCACUAAUGUGUUGCUUGACAAGGAUCUCGACCCUAAGAUAUCUGAUUUUGGUUUGGCCAAACUUGAUGAGGAGGAUAAUACUCACAUUAGCACUAGAAUUGCUGGGACAUAUGGAUAUAUGGCUCCUGAAUAUGCAUUGCAUGGUUAUUUGACGGACAAAGCUGAUGUUUAUAGUUUUGGAGUUGUUGCCUUGGAAAUCGUUAGUGGAAGGAGCAACACCCUUUAUCGGACAAAGGAGGAAGCAUUCUAUCUUCUUGAUUGGGCACAUAUGUUGAAAGAGAGAGGCGACCUAAUGGAGCUAGUAGACAGAAGAUUAGGUUCAGAUUUCAACAAAAAGGAAGCUAUGGUGAUGAUCAAUGUGGCUCUCCUAUGCACGAAUGUCACUUCAAACCUUAGGCCCUCCAUGUCGUCGGUGGUAAGUAUGCUUGAAGGAAGGAUUGUGGUUCCAGAGUUUGUUUCAGAUUCAAGUGAAGUAAUGGAUGAAAAGAAGAUGGAAGCAAUGAGGCAGUAUUACUAUCAUACGGAAGAAAAUAAGAUAAGCAAGUCACCAUCACAAAUUCAGAGUUUAUUAAAUGAUGGGUCAUGGACUGCUACAUCUUCGACAGGUGAAGACCUUUAUUCUGUCCACCCUGAUUCUUCCUAUUGGGAGAAAAGAAAUUAAGACUGUUUGUAUAUAAGCAAGUAAUUGCAAUUGCUACCUUGAUCUCCAACCACUGUGUCUUGUGAUGAAACUGUGAUCCAUAUCUUCAAAACUGAGUACUACUUCCGGCCAUAUUUAUAAGCUGUUUGAAAUUUUUUACAUAUAUUAAAAGUGGUAAUGUAAUUCAUUAACAUUUAUAUUGUGUGUAAACUUAUUUCUAAAUUUCUAUUUGUCUACAAAUAUGUUUAAUAUUGAUUUUUGGGUUUGAAUACUGUGUACCUAAAACCUGCGACCUUUCAUCUACUUCAUACUGGGGUUCUAGAGUUUUAGGUCCCUAGAACCUUCAAUUGGAAAACACACGUCUCAGUAGGUCAAAUGUUGAGAGAUCAUUUGGUCCUUCUUGCUCCGAGGAAUGUUUUGGGCCUUUGGACCUUUGAAAUGGGGUCGUCGGCCUAGAUGGGAAUAAUAGCCCUGUUGAGCCAGGUCAACGUUGCCGGAGCAUGACUUACAGUCAAGGUUGUUUCUCAACAUGCGUGUCAAACUUCACCUCGUGGACAAUUGGUGAGUAUAUAUUUUUUCAAACCGCCCUUAGCCUUUCUUAGCUUUUUCAUAUUCUUUUCUUUCGAUAUGUUAGAAUGUGAUGAAACUUAUGGGUUAUGUCGCCUUGCCUUCUUGCCACUCAAUACAUAAGGUUUAUAGCGUGAUGGCAUGUGAAUAGGUUUGGUAUGAUUGUUUCCUAGAAAUAUAUUAGUCAUUAUGACUUAAGUGACGUAAUCCUUGUUGACAUGAUACCAAUUUAGUAGUAGAUGCACAGGCUCAGGGAUCUUCGAUUCUUGCUUGUUAGAUUUUUUUCCUUUCUUCUUAUCUUCCUCGUCUAAAGUGUAUACUGUAUAAUCAAAAAGAAAGGAAAAACACGUAAUAGAAUAGUAGAUAACAUAAUAAGAGAACAAAAUGAAAUAAGUUCCCUCGUACUGGGGAUGAUUGUUACCCAUAUCCCUCUUCCCUCUAUAAAUGGUUUACUAGGGGGAAGGUUUUGAUCUGGGGUGAUCCGUGAUGUAACAGAUUUCUUGCUUGAGAUUCAGUACAACUCCUUUCAAUCUAAUCUCUUUUAUACAAUCCCCUAAGACCAUUGAGGUCAUUACUAAAUUCCUUUAAAACUUUAAAUUUGGAUAUAUCAUUGUCUAGCCUCAUACUAAUAAUUCUCAAAGGACCAUAUGUAAAAUUGGGGUAACAUUGAUGAGGUCGUUUGUGAGUCAUUGUUUCCCCGCUAUUAGAGACAGGCACAUUUUCACAAAAUGAAAGUGGGCCUAUUAUUUGGUGAAUUGGGCCUUUAUGACACAAAAAGAUAGCAUGUUCGUAGAAUUAAAGAGUUUGUUUGUAGUUUUGAUAAGAUAACAAAGAAAAAGAUUAAUAUAUAGACACACAGUUUUUGCUGACGCCUUUCAUUUGAAAGAAGACUCUUGAAAUUUUGGGUGUGUUCCGUGAUCCUUUCAGAGUGUGAGGUUUCU